AUGCUUGGAGUUAAAUUUAUAAUUAUUUUGGCUUUAUUUGGAGCCAUCACCUCAGCUGCUGACCAGGAGUAUUUGGGUACAGAUAGGAGGCACAGUUUGGGCGGCAAACUAGAAUUGACUGAGGAGGAAAAGGAAGUUAAUCGUAUAUUUAUGAAACAUAAAAAUAAUGAGCUAUCAUUAGCUUUUAAUGACACUUCGCAAAAUGCUCCGGCUAUGCAUUUCUUUAAAGCGAAAGGUGUUAUUGAAAAUAGUAUGGUGUUCAAAUUUUUGAAGAAAAUGCCGAAAGGUGGAGCGUUACAUUUGCACGCCUUAGCAUCAGUAUCACCCGAAUGGAUUAUAAAAAACAUUACUUAUCUUUCGGGUUUGAAAAAAUGUAUUAAUCGAGCAAAUGCUCCGGUGUUGACGUUCCGUCCCAAUGCUGAACCGCAUAAGUGUAAAUCCGAUUUCACGGACGUGAAUGAUGAACGAAAAUCCCAAAACGCUGAAGAAUACGAUAAGAACUUAGCGGCAGCUUUUAAUUUAUUUACUCCGACACCAGAAAAGGAUUAUCCUACGAUUAACAAGGUCUGGGGUAAAUUUGUGCAAAUGUUUUUUGGUUUGUGGGAUGCUGUACAAUACUUGCCAGCCGCUAAAGCUUUUUACUGGCGUUUGCUAGAGGAAUUGUAUGAGGAUAAUGUUAUGUACGCCGAAUUGCGUGUGGAAUUGUUUAGGUUGUAUACCGAGAAUGGGAGACUUGAUCGUGAACGAAGCAUUCUUCAGCUAUGGGAAGUUACGGAGCAAUUCAAGAAGGAACAUCCAGAUUUUUUGGGCGUCAGACUGAUUUAUACCGUCUUACGCGGUUCUAAGCCAGACGAGCUACAGGAAUAUUAUUCAAGAUUGAAAAACUACACCACUAGACAACCCGAUAAAUUAGUAGGUUUCGAUAUGGUGGGUCCAGAGGACUCGGAUCCGCGCUUACUAAGUUUCGCUGAUAAUUUAAUCGAAUUAUCAGAUAAGACGAAAUUUUUCUUCCAUGCUGGAGAAACCAAUUCUUAUGGUGAUACGGAUUUGAAUCUGGUGGAUGCUAUUCUUUUGAAUACUACACGAAUUGGAUUGGGUUACGCUUUGUCUAAACAUCCUCUGCUAAUGAAAAUAAUCAAAGAAAAAGAUAUACCUGUUGAAGUCUGUCCCAUAUCUAAUCAAGUUUUACAUUUAGUAAGCGAUUUACGAAAUCAUCCUGGAGCUAUUCUAUUAGCUAACAAUAUACCGAUGGUUAUAUCAAACGAUGCUCCCGCAUUUUGGGGUGUACAAGGUUUAAGUUAUGAUUACUAUUAUGCGAUCAUGAGUCUGGCCUCUAAUAAGGAUGGCUUAAGGACUCUGAAACAAUUG